CUUAGUGUCAACUUCUUUGGUGCUUGUGAUUAGGAAGGCGCCACGGGGAGACGUGCCAACAAACUUGCUCCGCGCCGACGGCAAUACUGAAUGUUAGUUCGUAUAGUUUUUGCAAUCCGCGAUGCAAACAAGGGCUUGAUUUGAAACAGAGACUGCGAGCUCGCACCACAUUGCGCAUCGUGCACUCGAGCGACUCCGCUAGAGAGCUUUGUAGUCUGAGAUGACACCCGACUCAGCGGAUACGCUGUACAGAACUGGUGCUGACAUCUUGGCGUCCGCCCGCGCGCGUGGCCUGCCGCUUGAGGCGGGCAACUUGGGCGACGGAUGGGAGCUGCACAACCCCGACGCCCCUGACGGGGGCCAAUACGCCUCAAGGCUUGAUGACAAGGCACAGACGUACGCAUUCGUGGCGGUGCGGGAGUUCAGCUGCACACCCCUCCAGUUCCUGUGCUACGUGCGGGACUUCGAUCUGGGCAAGCUGGCAGGCGACCUGAAGCUCUUCAAGGUGCAUACAAGCACGCCGGAGCUUCAGCGGGUGGAGUAUGUGUCUGUGCUGCCCUGGCCCUUUGAGCCGCGCUGGGCGCUGGCAGACAUGCGCUUCGGGGUGGUGAAGGAGACGGGCGCGCUCAUAGUGCUGGGCGAGAGCGUGCCCGACACCACGCCGCCCGCGGGGCACACGCUGGGUACCGUGCACUACUCCUACUACCACAUCUCGCCCCAUCCCUCGGGUGACGCCAAGCGCUGCGUCGUGCGGCGAGCCAUCAAUGUGGACAUGCACCUGCCGCUGCCGGCCUUUGUGAUCCGCAAGGCGCUGGCGGCGCACUACUACGCCGACAUGGGGCUGGCGGACAAAGACCUGGAGCCCAGCGUCUGGGAGGCGUGCGGCCUGGCCAAACGGCUGGCGGAGGGGCCGGCCUACGCUGCGAUUGAAGCGGCGGUGGCCGCGGUGGCGCCUGUCGCUUGCAAGCCGUAGCAGGCGGGCGACGCGGCGGUGCAGGGCCGGGGAGGGUAGCGGGGAUGCUGCUGUUAGGGUCGGGGUUUGGAGGUGGUGCGGAAUGGUGCGGGUUGUUGUGGGUGGUAGUUUGUGAAGGCGCUGGAGGCGGCUGGGCUUUGCAAGCAACCCGAUGGAUGUAAGUGGUUGGUGCGUGCGGUACUGAACCAGUCGAACUUGGGGCUCGGGGAGGAUGUGUACUCCCGCAUGCUCAUAGUAGAUACUUGGUAGCCGCACGCCCCACGUAUGCCAAAGCUGGGAACACGUCUUACGGAACGUAUGCGUCCCGCACGCGCACAUCAGUGCUGGCAAGUGUUAGGCCAACAUAACGAGCGAGUCACAAGUAUAUGCAAUCCGCAUUCGCUUAGCAGAUGGCCAUAGCAUCCAUGCUCGUCCGUAGUGGCUGUCGCGGCGCAUGUCGCAUCAUUCUGACGUACUGCGAGUGCUUGUCGUGUUUGUGGGCACAAGUUGAAGCGCGGAGACAAGGUGCAAACCUGUGUCGAGCUUGCGUCGUGCGCGCUUGCUAAGAGAUGGGGGCUGCAUGCAGCUGGAGUUAACGACAUGUGCGGUCCAGGGCUCCGUUGUGGGGUACUGGCUUUCCUAGUAUACUUCAAUAGCUCGCGCGGGCUGAAGACUGCAUUAUGGGUAGAGCGCAUGGAUGCUUGCAGUGGAUUGACAUCAGCCGUGUAGGUGCUCGGGGGCCGGACGGAGAUGGUAUGUGUGUGGGCAUGGGUAAACAUGCUUGUCCUAUGGCCCCAAUGGGCAAGAAAAAUCGACUUGGGAAGAUGGCAGCAGGCAAGGGGUUGUUCAUGCGGUGGAAGGAUUGCAGAAAGUCGUUGACAUUAGCGCGUCGGCUACCUUCAUGGUUGUUGUGGGUGCUUCAUGGUUCCAGGCCACAUGGCGAAAUCCGUGAUUUCUGCUAUCGGUUCAUUGGUUCAGUUCGUACACGUGUCAUUUGCAGGACUAGCUCUUAGGAUACGGCAAGUUAUGUCGAGGGGCACCCGUACUUGCUGCAGGUCUGAUGCGGAGACUGCAGGCAGCAAGGGGUUCAGGGACGGUCAGGGACUGCCCAUGACGGUGGUGGAGGCGCGGCUUGUCGUAUGCUAGGGCGGUUGUGGAUGUGCGAUGGGACAGGGUUUAGGCAGACGCGCAGGGAAGGGACUUGGCCGUUUCUUUUGUUGGGCUAGCCGGAAUCAUGCCAGGCACAUGGAACGGAGGAUGCAUUUGGCAUGAUGCCAAGUGUAGUUAUACACACAGGGGUAACCCUGAUACAUACUGUCUUUCAGCCUGAGUUUCUGCCUCGGUGCCCGUGUGCCACACACGUCAGGGGAAGCGAACUCACGAAGUCCUGUAACGGCUGUAAGAGCAGUGAGACCCCGCGGACAUGCACUCUUCCAGCUCUUGGGAGCACACUGUCGGAACUGCACACGU